CAGAGUUUCGGUGUUGUUGUUGUUGUUGCGCCACACCGUUCGCCAAACAACCCCGUCGAUUUACAUACGGCCACCGAACGUGUUGACAGGCCGAUUUACUUGCGAGAAAUAUCUAUUUUUUUUUUUUGGGGCAAUAAAAAAAUCAUCGUCCAUCGGUUGAAAGCGCUUUUUGACGUCUAGACAUCGACCUUCAGGUCAUUAAUGUUUUCGCCGUAACGAUUCCGCAAUGCGAUGAAACCCUUUUGUUUUUUUUAAAUCAUAAACAUAUUGCCAUUGUAAAAAAACAAAACGGAAAACAGUAUUGUGUUGACGUAAUAAGUACCUAUAUUUUUUUCGAGAGCGGCAAUGCACCCGUUUUACAACACCUACGGUUCCGGUGGUGACGCGGGGUCCGUGGAACAAAACCUGUACGCUGCCGAUCAUAAUUGGACAGUGCCAUCACAGUCUGUAUCCAAUAAUACGCCCAUGAAAGAUAUAGAAGCAUGCUUGGAGACUGUAUCUAAUGCCAAUAUUCAUGUCAUUAAACCUGGAUCCCAUCAUUCGUACUCAACAACUCUGCAGGACAAUAAAAAUCCGUCAGAUCCAGUACCAAAUAAUCAAGAACAUCCUAAAUUGUCCGGAGUCGGUGCUGCGUUGGAAAUGAAGCACUUGUGGGAGGAAUUUAACGAACUGGGCACGGAAAUGAUAGUUACUAAAGCAGGCCGGAGAAUGUUCCCUACAUUCCAAGUUCGACUGUUCGGUCUAGACCCAGUAGCAGAGUAUAUGCUUAUGAUGGAUUUUGUACCAGUUGACGAUAAACGAUACAGAUACGCAUUUCACAGUUCAAGUUGGGUAGUAGCUGGUAAAUCAGAUCCUAUAUCGCCUCCGAGGGUGCACAUACAUCCAGACUCGCCGGCGUCCGGGAGUCAGUGGCUGAAACAAGUCGUGUCAUUUGACAAACUCAAGUUGACCAAUAACCAAAUGGAUGACAACGGCCAUAUAAUUCUCAACUCGAUGCAUCGGUAUCAGCCCAGAUUUCACGUGCUAUACAUUCCCGGACGGGACGAAGGUCCUUCACAUUCCUCAAACAACUUUAAAACAUUUAUGUUCCCAGAAACCAAAUUCACAGCAGUUACAGCUUAUCAAAAUCACAGAAUUACUCAGCUAAAAAUAGCAAGCAACCCAUUUGCCAAGGGAUUCAGAGACUGCGAAACCGAAGAGUGCGGCUCAAUGGCUAUUGACGGCGAAACACAAGCCUCUAAUAAUAACAAACCGCAAUGCAAAAAAAAUGUUUCUGGAAUACAUAACAACAAUAAUUGCAGUCAGUUCCCAAAUAAAGAGUCGGCCGGAAGUUUGGGCGUGGAUAACAUGUAUAACAGUGAUAGCUCGUCGUCGUCAUCGACAUCGUCUCCAUCGCCGUCCCACCUGACAGUUACUAUGCACGGACAACCUCAAGCGCCGACCGCCACGGCUACCGUUUCAGCAGCCCCUUACCUAGGCCAAGUGUGCAAUUACGGACCAAUAUUCCCAUCGCCGGCGUAUCCUCACCACGGUUACUCACCGUUUCACGGAUACGACAGAUUACACCAAAAAAACUCGGCAGCAGACGUAACGACCGGAUACCAUAUGCCUUACCAACAUCAUUACCACCACAAGCAUUCAGCAUAUCACGGUACCCAAAAAAUAGCAAAUACAUUUGUGCAAAAUGAUUACUCGCCUAGAUAAAAAUAAUAUGUACUAAGUUUUAUAAAAAUCGAUUUAAUACUUAAUAUAGUAUACUUUAUUUUUAUACGCGUAAAUAUUUUAUUUUGUAAUAGUUCUUCAUUGCAUUUUUUUAUAAACGUGUACUAUAAAAAGUUUUAGGUGUAUACCUAUGUUUUUUUGUAAAUAAUUUA